GCGGCAGCUAUAAGUUGUCAAAUUCGAUCAACAAACUCGCUAAGCACGUCUAGUUAUUGAAAAAUUGUGUAAAAAUAAAUAAAUAAAUUGGUUUGUUAAGUAAUUAUUAUAUUAAUUAUAAAAACUUUAUCUCAAAAUGGCAUUGAUAUGUGCGAUUACAAAUGAAGUUCCAGAUACACCAGUUCUAUCUCCCAUCUCAGGGGCGGUUUUCGAAAGACGCAUUAUAGAAAAAUAUAUAUUGGAAAAUGGUUGUGAUCCAAUAACCGGCAAAGAAAUGAAAGCGGCAGAAUUGAUUGAAAUAAAAACACCACCAAUUGUUAAGCCAAAGCCGCCAAGUGCUACUAGUAUCCCUGCUACAUUGAAAACUAUGCAAGAUGAAUGGGAUGCAUUAAUGCUGCAUGCAUUCACACAACGUCAGCAAUUACAAACUGCACGUCAAGAACUUUCCCAUGCACUUUACCAACAUGAUGCUGCUUGCAGAGUUAUAGCACGUUUGAAUAAGGAAGUAGCAGCUGCACGUGAAGCUUUGGCUACACUUAAACCACAAGCUGGUAUUGGUGCAUCAACAGCUCCAACAACAAUACCACAACCAGCAAUUGCAUCCGAAGCUGCUGGUGUUGCUACACAUCCGGUUGAACAAGCUGGCAUGAGUGCAGAAGUCAUACAAAAAUUACAAGACAAAGCCACGGUAUUAACACAGGAACGUAAAAAACGUGGUCGUACCGUGCCCGAAGAUUUAGUUACGCAAGAUCAAAUUAAAUCAUUUUUGACAAUUGCUUCUCAUCCAGGUUUGCACUCAGCAUCUGUGCCUGGCAUUUUAGCUUUGGAUAUUAAUAGUUCUGAUCAUAGUAAAAUUUUAACUGGAGGUAACGAUAAAAAUGCUACUGUUUUUAAUAAGGAUACGGAACAAGUUGUGGCCAUACUUAAAGGACAUACUAAAAAAAUUAGUAAAGUCAUUUAUCAUCCAGAUGAAGAUACUGUUAUAACUGGUUCGCCAGAUAUGUCUAUACGUAUUUGGCAUGUACCAACUUCGCAGACACAACUUUUGCUACGUUGUCAUGAUGGUCCGGUAACAGGACUAUCAUUGCAUCCAACAGGAGACUAUGUAUUAUCGACUUCUUCAGAUAAACACUGGGCCUUUUCAGAUAUACGUACUGGACGUUUGUUGACUAAAGUUAUUGAUACUGCUGAAGUGGGCUUAACAACAGCACAAUUUCACCCUGAUGGACUAAUUUUUGGUACGGGAACCGAUGAUUCACAAGUAAAAAUUUGGGAUUUAAAGGAACAAAGUAAUGUUGCCAACUUUCCUGGACAUACUGGCCCAAUAUCGGCUAUAUCAUUCUCUGAGAACGGUUAUUAUUUGGCAACAGCUGCUGAUGAUGCUUGUGUGAAACUCUGGGAUUUACGUAAAUUAAAAAAUUUCAAAACUAUACAACUGGAUGAUGGUUACGAGGUUAAGGAUUUAUGUUUCGAUCAGAGUGGUACAUAUCUUGCUAUUGCCGGUACAGAUGUUAGGUGA